AUGUCUCCCUCGCCACAGAAUUCCAACAACGACGAAGAAGGUAGAAAUGCGGCUUCAAAGACUCCGUAUCUUCAUCUUGCUGACUCUUACGCGCCUCCAGAAAUAAAGCUCCAUUCAAGAGCAUCGAGUGUCUCCACGCGAGGUUUCAAAAAGGAUGAGAGGAAAGCAACUUCACGACAGAGGAUCUUAGACGGGGCGACUAUGCAUACCCGCUCCAUGAGCAUCAAGGGUGACGAUAAUGGGGCGACUAUGCGUACUCGCUCCAAGAGCAUCAAGGGCGACGAUAUGGCGUCGGACCUCCCUUCUGACAUGAAAGCAGAUAAUCCAACAUCUCGUGCCGAUCACAACCGUUCAGUGUCACGAGGUCGUACCGCUACACGGAGACGCUCAGUCGGACUGAACUCUGCGUCUACUGCGCAUGGCCCCGGCAAAGGCGAGAUGUCAGACCCCUCCGUCGCUUCCAUUCUACGACCGAGACCGUUACCGAAGCAAGCCGCCAAGCGAGAUACUCUCCACAUGCCUCCUUCGAGCGAUCUUGGGAAGAAACGUGGCGGUGUUGGCUCCCCGAGCGGCCCAGGGAUCUCUGGCAAUACUGGAGCCACAGGAAUCGACUCGGACAUCUCAGAGGAUCGGGAGGACCGCCGACCUUCGGCAACGACUACAAUAGCAAGACAACCGGCACGCAAGGCCUCUCGCGCUCGUCCCGCGGGGAAAAUAUGGUCCUGGGCCUGGAUCACCUGCUCUAGCUCGAUCUUCGGUCUGAUUGCCGUUGCUGUGACUUUAGCCUACAUGACAGGCUGCGAGUCGCCGUCGGUUGCGAUCCAGAAGUUUUGGGACCUGGUUUUGCAGGCCGGGGCUGGAGUCACGUCGGCAUAUAUCUGGGUACUAUGCGCGACGCAGCAGCUCUACCAGCGCUUGCCUCCCGUUCGUGCCGCUCCACGCUACUCAUCAGGAGAACGAUUGAGCGUCGCACUUGGCCAGACAUACACUGAUCUGUCACAAGCCCUUGCCGCGAGCGACUCGCUCUACCAAGCACCUGCGCUGAUCAGCCAAAGACGGAGUGAGGCACUGAGGUUUCGGCUUCCCGAAGGAUCCCUCACUCGGAAACCUUUGCAGCUUUUCCUCCGGCAGACUGUACACAUAGACGAGGACCUGCUCCGUCUGAUACUCUAUCUCGGCCAAAUCUCGACUCUCACCCUUCGGCAGCAGCAGGAGACCACGGACACACUGCGCUUCAUCCGACGUGUCGAGUACUUUGGGACAUUUCAGAUGCUCCGGGUUCGCGUUGUAGGCGUUUCAACCCAAGAGUCUCAGCUGAAGACCCGUUUGGAAGAGCACUUCCGUUACUUGAACGAAUCGAUUCGGGUGGCCGAAAAAGCGGCUCACCAGGUGUUGCAGCAGUACGUGACCCUCGCCUCUACGACCGAAGCGAUCCGUCAAAGCUCCCUUGGGGAUGAGGAACGCUUCCUAUUCAUCAAAUCGGAGGCGGCAUCGCAGUUGGGCUGGGUCAAGAAGACAUCGGUCCAACUGUUCGGAUUAGCGGAGCCGGAGGAUCUGGUAGAGAUCAGCCAGAACGUGGAGCUCGCCCGUGGCAUCCAUAACUGGACGCAGAAUGUGGUGGACUCCCUGCAGCGCGUAACGUUACAUCUCAGUUACGCAAAGGCCAAUAUAGGAUUACUUGUGGAGAUCAUCAGCCACAAUAGCACGGUCAUAUGGGACGUAGCAGAUAAAGAUCGUAAGAUCACGGAGUUCCUCGCUCAAGUUUCCGAUGGUGUAGAGCUCUUGACGUACAACACGGCCGCGUACGAUCAGCUACUGUGGGACGGGCAUAUCUAG